GAGGAGGAAGUGGGAAAGGAUGAAAACGUAAUUCUCCCCAGAGUCUACAUUAACAUAUCAGUUUGUUAAUAGACCGAGCAGCUGAUGAGUAUACAUCCGGAAUACACGUUAAUACACGAAAUCAAAACGUGUUAGUGAAUAAAGCACUAAUCUAGAGAAAAUUGGAUGCUGUUCCGCGCGCGCGAAUGUGUCGUCAUUUUGACACCGGAAGUAAAAUUGUAAACAGUACUGGUGGGCUGGGCUUUUAGUGUCCCAGACAACGGUCUUGCAGAUUUCCCCCCUUAACAAAGUGUCGUAAAAACAAUCCCAAAGACAAAGAAGUGAAGAGGAUCGGGGCAGUUUGACUCUCCGUUCCUAACAGCGCGAGCAGGCGAGUUAAUCAGACAUAGUGCGCCGAAUUCAGUGGAGCUCCAGCACAGUCCAGCAUGGAGCAGGCAGAGGAUCAGAGCAGCUCUGGUUCCUCCAGUAGCAACAAUACAGGAUCUGGGGGAAAUGCUCGUCCUGCACAGAUCUCUCAGAUGUCUCUGUAUGAACGACAAGCUGUACAGGCUCUGCAGGCUCUACAGAGACAGCCUAACGCUGCUCAGUAUUUCCAGCAGCUGAUGCUUCAACAGCAGAUUAAUAGCGCUCAGCUUCACAACCUUGCUGCUGUGCAACAGGCCACUCUUGCUGCCAGUCGACAGUCCAGUUCUCCAAACACCAGCGUCUCUGCAGUGAGCACAGCACAGUGUACCGGUAAUUUAAGCAGCACUUCUGGGGGCGGGACCAUGACGAAUCCUCGACCAGUCGGCCCAGCAACAUCUGUGACAUCGUCUGCCCUUAGCCAAUCAGUGUUGCUUGGUGGGAACUCAGCUGGUCAGGGACAGAUGUACCUGAGAGUGAACCGCUCUCUCAGGGCUCCCCAGCUCAUUUUCAUGCCUGGCGGCACAGCAACAGCCGCUGUAGCAACGGUUGCCCAGCAGCAACCUCAGCAGCAGCAGCAGCAACAACCCCAACAGCAGCAACAGCAACAGGAAGUCCCACCCACAUCUUCCAGUAACCAAUCAGAUAGUGACCAGGUACAGAAUCUUGCCCUGCGCUGUGCUUCCACCCCCCGAGUGGCUGCUAUCAAGACUGAAUAUCCUGACAGGAAGGAUCCUGGUUUAUUCCCUAUUGGUCCACAGUCUCAGCAGCAGCAGCAGUUCUCUCCAUCAGCACAGCAGAUCAGCAGCAGCAAACUUCCCACUCCUCCUUCUUCCACCUCUUCCUCUCUCUCCUCCUCUUCAUCUUCCUCCUCUUCCUCUGUCCCUCUCUCUCAGCUCCUGCUUUCUCCAUCACGGCUCACCCCCGCUGCCACGGUGACCCACAUCCUGGUCCCGAGCUCCAACGUCCCCACUUCCUCUCCAGGUUUUCCCAAACCCAACAUGGCGGCUCAGACACUGGUGGUGCAGCCACUUCAGCAGCAACAGAAUGGAGUGGACAAAAUGACGGGCCCCAUCCCCAUCCAACCAAAAACAGCUCAAAGCAGUCGUUUGCCUUCACAGAUGCCCCCUCGCCAUCCUCCUCCUAUUCUUCCAGCUCCACCUACUUCCCACCCCCCACAUGUCCCGGUCCAGUUGCUUGGAUCCAGGCAGGGUGCACUAGGAAACUCUCAGGCUGUAGCUGUGCCACAGGCCCGAACCUGCUACACCCACCAGGAUAGUUCCACCCACAACCUCAGCUACACCUCUAAUUCAGUCACCAUGGUAACGGCAAUGGAGCCAGGCAGUGCUGGUGCAGGCCUUAAACUGACCACUCAGAAUGCAGAACCCAGUCAGAUUGGCUCUUCUGCAGUCCAAACUACAGACUGUGAUCACAGCAACAGUGUGGCACCACCUGCUGGAGAAACUGGGUUAGAGCAAACUGGAAGUGCACAGAUGAAGCCUGCGAUCGGCUCCUUAAAGAGAAAAUCAGAAUCAGAUGUGGCAGGUGAGAUGACGUCAGAAACCACUGCCCAAAACUGUCAGCCAAUCCCUGACUCUGCCCCUCCACUCUCUCCUGCUCCCUCAUUGGACACUGCACCAGAAAUAGCAUUCUCCACUCCUCCGACUCUGUCUCUGUCUCUGCCCCACCCUCGAGCUCCUCUUCCCCAGGCUGUGGUAAAACCGCAAGUUCUCACUCACCUCAUCGAAGGCUUUGUCAUUCAAGAGGGAGCCGAGCCAUUUCCUGUUACUGGUCCAAUAAAAGAGCGGGCUGAGGGUGUUCCUGUGCCACUCUUCAUGCCGCUGGAAAACCGUGCCCCCUCUGUGCUGAAGUGCGAGUUCUGUGAGAGUUUUGCUCCUGCUAGUCAGUUCCGUGGAACCAAACGCUUUUGCUCCAAAACCUGCGCUAAGAGGUACAAUGUGAGCUGCAGUCAUCAUUUCCGCAGCAGUCAAGGCCGCAGCAGUGCACUAGCGUAUGACGAGAUAGCGAGACACAGGGGUCUUCACCGGAGAAGCUCAGAGAUCGCCUGUGCUAAAAUUGCUGGCAGUCACCUGCAUGUCAAGUGUCGCUCUGAGUCCAGUCGUUCGGAGGAUGUCUCUAGCUGUGAAGGUGAAGAAGAAGAAGAGGAAGAAGACUAUCAUUCUCCAGGGUCCUCCUUCUGCUCUCACCAGUCCCAUCACGGCCCUCAGAUGGAAGAGUCAGCACAAGGCAGCCUUCCAUUAGACGGAGACCAUUUCUUGUCUGCUAGCCCCGCCCAGUGGAGUGUAGAAGAAGUGUGUCGCUUCAUUUCCUCUCUGCAAGGUUGUGAGGAUCUGGCGGGACACUUCCUGUCGCAGGAGAUUGAUGGUCAGGCGCUGUUGUUGCUGAAGGAGGAACAUCUGAUGAGCACCAUGAACAUUAAACUGGGCCCCGCCCUCAAGAUCUGUGCAUCGAUUAACAACCUGAGGGAUUGAGUAGGAGCUCCUUGAAGUGGGAGUUGGAGGAGUGCCGGCCUGGUGGACGGGGUCAUAAUGGAAGCACUGUUGUUUUGCUUUUCAUUAUAGCAGAUCUGAAUAACAGCCAUUAUAAUCUUCAGUACAGAGAGAAGACAGGGCGGGUCUAACGGUCUGAGUGCACCGCAGUGGAGCUGGACAUUUUCCAUAAGAUUCAGCAUCACAAUAUUCCAUUAAUAUAGUCAUUAUACUUUUACAGCUGAAUUAAGUUCCAUCUCCUUUAAAGCUCAUGAAGGCGCAUCAUCUAACAUCAACAUGAAUAGUCCACCUACUGUGCACUUUUUGACACAGAUUGCUACAUUAGAUUUGAUCAGAUUAGGGUCCAGGUUAUUGUCAUUGUCAUGCUAGAUAAAGGUACAAAACUGGCGAAAUGCAGAUGAUAAAACGCUAAGCAGCCUGGAGAAAAUCUGUUUCAAAUAGAAUGUUUGUAAGAAAAAACAAAUCAUAACCAAAUAAGAGAAAAGCCAAACAGCCAAUUACAUUACGAACACACACGUUACUAUAUACUGUAUUAUAAUUUCUAGCCAAUCAGCUGUUACUCUGCAGCUUUCUGUUUAAUCACUCUACAUAUUUUCCUGUUUAAACAAUCUAGAACUGAUGUAGAAACGCUGAGUUAGCAUGCUGGGAAUCGAAUACAUAGGGAUCAAAAGUAUAAAGGUGGCUCGUGCACUCAGACUGAAGUUCCCUACAGAGUGCACACUAGAGUGAGGGUCGCACUAACCUAGGGGGCAGUAAACCAAGGCUCUUAUUCCGAUGUUUAUUUUUGUAUCAUGCUGAAGGAGUCAGUAGUCAGUAUUAACGAGUAGUGUGUUUAUGAUGAUGAAGGCAGACAGGAAGUCAUGUGACUGUCCAGUAGCCGGUCAUUGAGUGACCACAGGAAGGCAUAUUUUUUACUACAGUAGGUAAUUGCAUGAGUGUUUUUGUUUUGUUUUGUUUUGUUUUUUUAUAUUACCCAACAAAAUCAUCACUUUCUUUUUUUCUACAUUUUGGUUUAGGUUUUAGUAUUAUGACCUUUGAACCCUCAGUUCUUGUUAGAGGACAUGCAUCUGAGGUAGUGCGCUAGUUUUCUAGUUUCUUUCUCUGCUGUUCGAGUAAACGAAUAAAGUGUUCCAGUAAAGAA